AUGUCCACGCCCAUCUACGAAGGGCCCGAGCCAAGCUACGGCUCCGAGCGGGGCCGUCUCGAACAUGGCCGGUCGUCGACUGAAGAGACCAUGGUCGGCGAGAAACCGCCCGACGAAGAGCGUGGACGCCUCAAGGUCGACCCUUCCCUCAAUCCUCAUGACACCGUGCAACCGUCGCCGUCGCGAACUCGGGAGGAAGCCCAUCGGUUGGACGACGACCUGGCAAUGUUGCAGGUCGAACGACAGGUAUCAAUAACCGAAACCGAAGUGGAAAAGGCAGGACGAACUGGGUCGAUUCACAGAUCCCGAACUCGGCGCUCAGAGCCUGUCGAUGAGUUCGAUGCCGCCACCAACCCCCUCCAUGAGCAGACCGCGUUCAAACCCCCGGAGAACCCGACGACCAGCCUUGCUCGGUUUGUCAAAAAGGUCCACAACUCGAGCUUUUUGAUCAGGUAUUUUACCUAUAUUACGCCAUUGGUUCUGAUUCUCUUGAUCCCGCUGCUGGUCGGUGCCCUGGCGUUCCCCGAUGCCGAUGUUGGCGGUGUGAGACUCAUGUGGUUCUCUGUCUGGUUGGAAAUCUUCUGGCUCACACUCUGGGCCGGACGAAUCGUCGCAAAAUGCAUCCCGGUACCCGUGGGGAUUAUUGCAAGCAUGUUUACCAACAAUGCUAAGAAAUGGAGGGACCUUGCGAAGCAGUUGGAAUUGCCAGCUGCCCUCUUCUUCUGGUGGCUUGCAGUGGAGAUCUCCUUUCUCCCGACUAUGAAGAAUCAUCAUGUCGAUGGAAACAAGGCCACCAAACACUGGGAACUCGUUAUGAACAAGAUUAUCAUUUCUAUUUUUGUUGGAACAACCCUCAACUUGAUUGAGAAACUCAUUAUCCAGCUCAUUGCAAUCAGCUUCCAUCUCAGAACUUAUGCAGAUCGCAUUGAAAUCAACAAGUUCCAGAUCGGGAGCCUGACAAAGCUUUACGAUUACUCCAAGAAGAUGAUCACCAUGGAGGAUCGUGAAUUCGAAGAUCAGCCUAAAGAUGGGCAGAGUUCCGGCGCUCGAACCCCAAUGAUGUAUGCCGACAGGGCAACAAGGGUGGCCAGGGAGGCCCUCCAUCGCGUUGGCGACGUUGCUGGAGUAGUUGCCGGUGAUUUUACAGGGCGGAAAGUCACGAAAAGCAGUCAUCCAUAUCAGGUCGUCCUCACCUUGUUGGGCACCACAGCCGGAAGCCAAGUUCUAGCCAGGCGAUUAUAUCGAACCUUUGUCCGCGAGGGCUUUGAAACCGUUUUUUCCGGGGAUUUGAAAGCCGCCUUUGACAACGACGAUGAGGCAGAAGCGGCUUUCAACAUGUUUGAUAAGGAUAUGAACGGGGAUAUCUCCAUGGAGGAAUUGGAAGCUGUCUGUGUCGAGAUUGGCCGGGAGCGGAAAUCUAUUACGGCGUCGCUAAAAGAUCUGGACUCCGUCGUAUCGAAGCUAGACGACGUUUUCCUCUUCAUCGUCGUAGUCAUUACGAUUCUCGUAUUUUUAUCCUUGAUCUCGACCUCUGCGGCGGGCGUGUUGGCUUCGGCUGGCUCGACUCUGCUCGCUCUCUCGUGGCUCUUCUCCGCCACCGCGCAGGAAUUUCUUCAGAGUAUAAUAUUUGUCUUUGUGAAGCAUCCAUUUGAUGUGGGUGACCGUGUCUCGGUGUACGGGAACACCGGCGCCAAUCUCACGGGGGACGAUUACUUUGUCAAGGAGAUCGCCCUCCUAUACACCGAAUUCAAAAAGAUGGAAGGGCAUGUUGUCCAGGCCCCUAACAGUUAUCUCAACACGUUGUUCAUUCUCAACCAGCGGCGCAGCGGCGGGCUCGCUGAAGCCGUCCCGAUUGUCAUCAAGUUUGGCACCAGUCUUGAACAAAUAGAUGCUCUUCGACAACGCCUCCUCGACUUUGUGCUCUCCGAAAAACGGGAAUAUCAAGGCAAAAUCCUCACUGAACUGAGACAAGUCACGGAAAAUUACUCCAUUACGCUCAAUGUUGUCUUUUUCUACAAAUCAAACUGGCAAAAUGAAUUGCUGCGUCUGCAGCGUCGGAACAAAUUCAUUUGCAACCUGAUGAUCUCGCUGCAAGAAGUUGGCAUUGAAGGCCCACGCAUGAACUUGCUGGGUUAUAAGAACAAUCUCCCGUACCAUGUGUCAUACCAGGGUGCGCCACCGCAAUAUACUCCCAAUGAGAACGAUCCAUCCCACCCACCCCCGUCAGACCCCCAGCAGAUCGCUGAAGCUCGCGACACGCUUGGAGAAUUGGGCGGCGGGGUUUCCACUGGUGUGAAUCAUCACCCGUCUAUUCUUCGCCGUCCGGGAGCGCGUGGUCGUGGUAAUUCCGCCUCUAAACACGUCGACUUCUCUCUUGGCAUGUCUGCACUCAGCUCCGGCGACCUCAUGUCCGACGUAUACAGUGACCGAGAAAAAGGCCGCGUGGACGACGUUAUUCGAUCCGCCAACCGCGAGACUGCGGAGCGUCGCCUCCAAGCGCAGCAGGAGCGGCUAUCCCUUGAGCGAGAAGCGUCUCAUCGUGGCCGUAACUCGCUCGAGUCUUAUCGUUCCGGCUCAUCGCGGCAAGCCACGUCGGCGUUGGGAAGCACGUCGUCCGUUCAUAGGAAUCGCUUUUUCGGUCGGCUCGGCAGUCGGGCGGGUUCGCACCAACCAUCGCACCGAGGGUCUCGCGGUGACGAUGAUAUGAUGGAGCAAGGUCGAUACGUCGGUGGUUCACCAAUCCUCCCGCCAGUACCGCAAAACACCAUGGAUUCACGGACAAGGAACAUUUCCUCUCAAGCAGCGCAUGAUGAUUACCUGGAUCAGCGGACGACGAACAGUGAUUCGGAACUGAUGCAUAGCAGGAGCAUGGACCGGAUGAAUGAAGAGUUUGAGAUGGGCAGACUUGGGCACAGGUCGUAA